UCGCAGAUAAGGGACCAAUUCCGAUGCUUUAAGACGACACUUCCGAAAGCCAGAAGGCACAGCAUACGAGUACCUGUUGCCACAUUCCAAAUGCCAGAAUCUGUAACUCAGAAGAAUGGAUGCAGAGCAAGAAGAGCGAAAGGACCAGUCUCAAUCUCACAUAGGGAGCAGGAAACGUAGCACUGCCAAGCAAUAUGCCGUCGAGGAUCAAGCCCUUGAUGCCAUUGCCAAAGAGGUGGAUGAACAGAUGAGCUCAUUUGUAAUAGCUAUGCGAAAAAACGUGUCGAUCGAUGUACCAGCAUUCCAGCAUCGAGCCCGCAUGCAUCGCCCGACCGAGAGCAUUAACCGGAGAGCACCUGUGGCAUAUCCGGGUCGAUUCGGCGUUCCCCACGAGACGGGAUUCGGUAUUCGGUUGCGUGUGGGAGUCAUGGCCCAGAAUGGCAUUGUGGAGAUCCGCGAGGUGAGUGGCGGAGGGCGUGGUGGGGCGGCGUGGGAUUCCUUGGGGGUUUCCGAGAUCGGGGAGGAUAAGGUCCGGUCGGUUGCAUCACGUGUGCGAUGUGGAGAGCAAGAAGAACUGGUUUUUGGGAGGGGGGAGGGGGAAGGGGGUAGCAUUCUAUCUCUCUCUCCUAUCUCUAAUUUAUGGGAAGAGGGGAGAUGGGAUACGGAGGGAAGGGGGAAUCGGUUUUCUGGCAGCGGUGCUCUUCCGGGUUCCCCCCUCGUCGACGGGCGGGGAUCCCCAGAGACCCCCGGAUGCACCCCCAGACGCCCCCCCGGAGUGAGACCGAGAGGGUGCGAGGAUGCACCUCGUCGUCGGGGAACGCCCCAGCUCGUACGUGGAGUGGCUGACGAGGGAGCGGGUGGAGACGGUGGAGGCCCUCAGACGGAUCUACGGACGGGUUCAGCUCCAUGCGCUCAGGAUCGAACGGCUGAUGUCGCGGGGCGUCCCGGUACUCCGCCGAGGGGCAUCGGGUCGAGGAGGGACCGGAGUCCCGUGGUGCCGUCCUUGCACCUGCGUGCGUUGGAAUCCGGCCAGAAACGGGGAAAUAGAAUCCGUCUCGUCCGUCCGGAGUCACUCCCGUUCGUUUUGGAUCCAGUUUUGUCUCUUGCCAAAACGCGGAUGGGAGACUAG